AUGUUGUCAGAAGAAGGUAAUGGAAUAGAAGAUCUCGCAUCUGAGCAAUAUGAGGAUGGUGAAGAGGGGGAUGGAUAGUAAGAGUGUUAUGGUUAUAUGAUGUUAGCAAUCCAGAAUUCGACUUUGCAUUACAAGAUUGUGCUCUCAUUCAAUGAUGGAUAGUACUUUGAGAUAUUGGAGGGGAAGAGCGAGUACAAAAUAAAGGGUUAGUUUGUGCAGAUAGCCAGAUACAUCAAUUAUGCUUAUCAAGAUCUUCAAAUAGUUGAUGAGACAUUCCAAGUGAGAUGA